GGACCUGAGGCAGAUGGAGGGGAUAGGGAGGUAAGCACCACGUUAAUUGUAAGUCCAAAAAAUAGUAUAGUUUCUAAGUCUUGUUCUAAAGUUGUGUUGCAGACGGCUCAAGCAAUGUUGGUUGGCAAGAAAAGCGGUCGUGUGAGAGUGUUGUUGGACUCGGGGAGUCAGAGGACGUUUGUUACUGUUAAGGUUGCGAAAGCUCUUGGUUGCGAGGUUGUGCGUGUGGAAAACUUGAGCAUUGGGACGUUUGGGCAAAGGGCUUUGGAUUCUGAGUUGAGAAGUGUUGUGCGGUUAAUUUGUGGUUGUUGCAAAGGGAUUGUGUAAGACGCGGUAAGCCCGGCGAACCUGUUGCGAUUGAUACUGUUCUUGGUUGGGUGGUUUCUGGGCCGAUCGGUGGGUUUGAUGUAGAUGAACCAGUUACUGCUCAGGUAACUCUUGUUUCUAGCGAAGUGCGAAACCCUUUGGUAGAUUUUACUAAAUUUUGGGAUUUAGAGAGCAUAGGGAUAAAAGAUCAGAAUAGUGAUGUGCAUGAAUCAGUGAUUAGUGAUUUAAAGUUUAGUGGUACACGUUAUUCAGUUGGCCUACCCUGGAGAGAAAGCCAGGAUCCCUUGCCCACUAACUAUGAAUUGAGUCUUAAGCGUAUGAAAGGACAGAUAAAGCGCCUGAACAAGGAUCCAGUAUUAUUAGGUGAGUAUGACUCCAUCAUAAAAGCGCAAGAAGAAGCAGGUGUUAUUGAAAAGGUAAGCCCGAAUAAAGUAAUUAAUCCCAAGUCAAAAGUACAUUAUAUACCACAUCAAGCUGUUGUGCGUAAAGACGCAACAACGACGAAAGUCAGAAUUGUUUAUGACGCCAGUGCAAAGUCGCAAAAGUCCGGUGUUUCAUUGAAUGUUUGUUUGAAUGCUGGACCCUCGCUCAAUCCACUUCUUUUCGAUAUUUUGCUUAGAUUUCGAGAACAAAGGGUAGCGCUCGUAGCGGACAUCGAAAAAGCGUUUUUGAAUAUUGAAGUUCACGAAAAGGAUCGCGAUAGUCUAAGGUUUUUAUGGGUAGAUGACGUGCUGCGAAAUAACUUAAAUCUUGUCGUUUAUCGUUUCUGUAGGGUCGUGUUUGGUGUGAACUCGUCACCGUUCUUGCUCAAUGCAACGUUAAGGCACCAUAUUAGUAAGUACGCAGUGUAUGAUAAGGAUUUUGCCGAUAAAUUAUUGAGAAGUUUUUAUGUCGACGACUUAGCUACCGGCGAAGCUAACACAGAAAGUGCGUAUUUGUUAUAUACAAAGGCUAGGGAGCGCAUGAACGAAGGUGGUUUUAAGUUGCGUAAAUGGAGCACUAAUGAUAGUGAAUUAAGGACGCAAAUACAAGAAAGUGCCAAUGAUUUAGACAAACAUGUAGAAGAGGCUGAAGAGCAAACAUAUGCGAAGGAAAUGCUUGCGUGCCAGGCCGGAGGCCAAUUUGGCAAGGUGCUUGGAUUGGAAUGGGAUUGCGUGCGCGACUUAAAUAGAUUUGACUUUGACCACUUGACUGAAAAAGCGCAGAAUUUAGAGCCUACUAAGCGAAAUGUUUUGAGUCUUCUAGCUUGUAUAUUUGAUCCCCUAGGACUUUUGAGCCCGACUGUUGCUAAAGCUAAAAUUCUUUUUCAGGAUAUAUGUAUUAGUAGUCUAGAUUGGGACGAUGUUUUGACCAAAAGCUUGAGAGAGAGAUGGGAGAAAUGGUUGAAGGAUUUUAGUGAGGCAAAAUGGGUGACAGUUGAGAGAUAUGCGAGCGUAUCAGACAAUAGUUUAGGGCAGUCAAGCGGAGCAAAGUAUUGGUUACAUGGGUUUGGUGAUGCAUCAAAACGAGCAUAUUGUGCGGUUAUUUAUCUUGUAACCAUAGUGAACGACAAGGCACAAGUUAAGUUAGUAGCCAGCAAGACUAGAGUGUCUCCGAUUAAAGAGCUUAGUAUACCCAGACUAGAGUUAAUGGCAGCUAGGAUUUUAGCGCAAUUAAUGGAUGCAGUUAGACAAGCGCUAGAAGUAGAAUACAAGUUUGAAGGCGUGAGAUACUGGACUGACAGUAAGACUGUAUUGUGUUGGAUAAGUAAUACAGGUAGCUGGAAGCAGUUCGUUCAACACAGAGUGGACGAGAUUUUGAGAAUAAGUUCGAAGAGAGACUGGGGCCAUUGCCCAGGUAUAGAAAAUCCCGCAGAUUUAGGGGUCGAGAGGGGUUUUAAUAACAGAACUUAA